GGACAUCCUGAAAAGUGGAGGCUCAGCUGUGGAUGCUGCCAUUGCAGGCUUGAUCUGCACUUCAGUGAUGAACCCCCAGAGCUCAGGCCUGGGUGGUGGGGUCGUUUUUACCAUCUAUGAUGCCAGCACAGGAGCAGUGGAGGUGAUCAAUGCCCGUGAGACAGCCCCACGAGUGUUUCCUCACAACCUCUUGUCUGGCUGUGGUGUUGGCUUCCCCAUUGGUCCCCGCUGGAUUGGUGUCCCUGGAGAGAUCCGGGGCUAUGAGGUGGCCCACGAGCGCCACGGCCGCCUGCCAUGGAAAGCCCUGUUUGAGCCAACCAUCAAGCUGCUUUCAGAGCCACUGGUCAUUUCUCCAGUUCUGGAAAAAAUUCUCCAUCACCCAGCCUUCUCUGGACCAGGGAAAAGCCUGUGCCCGCUGCUGUGUGCUGGUGGCAGAUUCCUGAAGCUGGGCGAGUCAUUCCGGUGGCCAGCGCUGCAGCGAACGCUGCGAGCCGUGGCAGAACAGGGAGCUGCUGCGUUCUAUGAGGGAGAGAUUGGGAGGGCCCUGGUGGAGGACAUCAGCAAGGCUGGGUCCAGCCUCUCACUGGAGGAUCUUCGGGCAUACAAAGCACAGGUGUCCUCAGCUCUGAACAUCACCCUGAACAAACACACCACAGUGUUUGCUCCAGGACCACCCAUGGGAGGUGCAGUGCUCAUGUUCAUCCUCAAGGUAUUGGAAGAGUAUAAAUUCCACAAAGAAUCACUGGCAACACCUGAGGAUAAGGUAGAAACCUAUCACUACAUUGCAGAGGCCCUGAAGUUUGGCAACAUGCUAAGACCCCACAUGAGUGACCCAGACUUCUCUGAAAAUCAGGUGCCUGUGGAGACCCUGCUGUCUGAGCAGUUUGCUGAGACUGCCAGGCAGAGGAUAGAUGCUCGUGGUGACCACCAGCUGAGCCACUACAGCCUGCUGGAGCCCCUCCUCAGGGAGCAGCACAGGAGCCUGGGCACGAGCCACAUCUCCGUGCUGGCUGCAGACGGCAGCGCUGUGUCGGCCACCAGCACCAUCAACUACCCGUUUGGCUCCCUUGUGUAUUCCAACCAAACUGGGAUCAUUUUAAAUAAUGAACUUGCUGACUUCUGCAUAGCAAACAGAAGCAUUAAACCAGGAGAGAAGCCUCCCUCAGCAAUGGUGCCUUCCAUCCUCCUCUCCAAGUCAGGAGACAUGCUGGUGAUUGGAGGAGCUGGGGGCAGCUGGAUUAUCAGUGCCACCACCAUGGCAAUUAUAAACAAGCUCUGGUUUGGUUAUGACUUGGAACACGCCAUCUCAGCUCCUGUCAUGCACACCCAGGGGGACAGUGUCCUGUUUGAGGACUCUUUCAGCAAGGAGGUUAAGGCUGGCCUGCUGGGAAGAGGACAUAAAGAGAAGCAAGAUAAACUUGCAAUGAAUGUUGUACAGGGAAUUUCCAAGGAAGGAAAGUGCAUCUCUGCUUUCUCUGAUAAAAGGAAGCUGGGGAAGUCGGCUGGGUAUUAGUGUGAAAUGCCUUCACCAUCCACAAAGCCACAGGAGAUCCAGAACAUGCUUUGCUUGGAUGAUUCCUGUUCCCAUCAGGAUGUCUCCUGGAGCAUGGGCACAGCCUGUGAUUGCCUGCAGGUCACCCCAGGCAAUACAAGGAGAGGUCAGCCAACCUUGUUUAGAGCUACACCUUUCAUUAUGUGAUACACAGAGAACACAUUUCUUGAGCACAUCAGUUACUCAGAAGGAGAGAAUACAAAGUGUGAAAGGAAAACUGGUCCAAACCCCACUGAGAUCACUGUGAAAUGGCCCAGCUGCAUCUUCCAUUCCUGAUGGAAUCUCAGUUUCUUUCAGGCUGUUCCACAAUAAGCCUAUUGCUGGGGCUCAGCAAUGUGAAAUACAGAAGUAUUUUAACCAUGAACAAGGAGCAUCUGUAGGGUCAGGAUUUUAAAAUCUGGCUUAGAGCAUGGAUUUGGAAAGGGAAGAGAUCAAAAUUCCACACUCUCCCUCUGCUUUCCCAUCCAAAGAAGCCCAGCUUUCCCCAAGGGACAGAUGAAAUCACACCGUGGCACAAGUGCUGCCCUGCCUGCUGCUCUCUGCCUUGGGGUGCAAAGCUGCCCCAAGCACAAGCUCAGGGUGACUGCACCAACACCUCCUCCAGCCUGCACACUCUGAGGCAGCCUCCCACGGGAGCAGGUGUGAUUUCCCUGCUCCUGGCACCAACAGCUCCAGAUGAGCUCCCUGCAGGUGCCUCUCCCUGUGCUGAGAUGGGUCUGUGCCAGCUCCCCCUCCUCAACACUGCUGCAUCAGCUUUUGGGUCAGGAAGGCAGUGGAAAUGCUGCUUUUGGAAACUUUAGAACUUUCUUCAAAUUGCAAAGUAUCCGUGAUCAGGAGAUGUCAUUUGCAGCCCUGAGCCCAGCCUGGCCUUGAGCUCAGCCUUCUCACCAGGACUGCUGAGAAGUGAUGCUGCAUUAUCAGGCAUUAGCAGAAUUCUCCCAUAUCCUCCAUGCUCCAAAUUCCUGUUUACCACAGCCUGCUGUCUCUAGGGUUCCCUUCAGACCACACAGAGGGCAUUGUAGGACUCUAAGAACUAUCACAGAAAAGGAAAACUUUUGGAGAAGACCUGAACACAAAAGGUCCUGGAUUUUGCACCUGGAUGCAAAAGGUCUGCAGUUAAUCCAUAGCCUUUCCCUGCUCAAAAUUGCCAAGAGAAUCAAACAUCCAUGAAAAUAAAGCCUAAAACUCAGAAAAUCCCCAAAGUUCUUCAAAUAUACAAGGUCAAAUUCCCAGAAUCCUUCAAAAUUCGAUUUUCUGAAAGCUCCUGAGCCUGAUUGCCCUAUGGGCACAGUGCUGUGUGUGUGUCUGAGAGAGAAAGAAACCAGAGCCAGGCACUAGCAGAGCCUCCCCCUCACACACAGAGCCCAUGGGACUCCCUGGUCUCCAACAAACAGAAUCCCUCUGUAAACAUAAAACAAGCACACACCAUUAAAAAACACAAAUUAAAACAAGGCCAGCCAGAUUUUACGCCAGUGUUUUUACCCUCAAAGCCCAUCCAAUAAAGCCAAAAACUUACUGAAAUCCCAGCCUUCACUUGCAUUUUAGUGAUGGUGGGAGUGAGGCUGCCCAGAGCCAGACAUGUGUUUUCCUUCACAAGUUGUACCCCAAGGACUGCAGCACUGCCCUGCUGCAGCAGGGGAUGAUGGAUGAGUUACCAGAUCCUGACCACAAGCUGGAAAUCGAGUUACCCAUGGAUGGAGCCAGCUCCAUGCACUGCCCUGCUCCCUCCUUGGCCAAGUGGAAUUCAUCUUAAAUCCCCCAGCUCAGGAAGAGCUGCUGGAGAGACAGCAUUAGAGACAAUGGUUUCUCCAUCAGAGCUGCUCACUCAUUUUGGAAGUGGCCUGGCAGCCUGAGAGGCAGCAUCACAGUGCAGGCAAAGGGGAAAGGAAACAGCUCCAAAUGCUGGGGGGCAGUUUUUAUGUUCACUUUGGCUAUGACCACCAAAGAAACCAAAUGUAGCUGAUUUGCUGAGGUUUUCUGCCUUGAUGAACGCCCCUGUCCCAGCUGGCAGCCCCGGGGUGCAUGGUGGUGGUGUCAGGAAUAGCAGCUGACAGGGGAGGCCCUGCCAGGCACCAGACACGUCUGCAGCAGCCCCAGACAGAGCCCAGACAGGCUGCUGGCUCUGGCGAGAUCCGGGGUUAUUUCCAGCUGACCCCACUGAGCUGGGUUUACAGCAGCAGCUGAGAGUGGCACUGCUGGAGACAGGGACAGCACCCCCAGCUUCCCUGCUGGGCAUUCAGCACUCUCUGGUCCCUCUCCAUCCUGUUUCACUGCAGAAAACCCAAGUCACCAAGUAACAAAGUCUUCCAUUAGCUUUGCUUCUGACACAGCUUAGGGUGAAGCACCCUGCAGCACUCCAGCCUGUCACCUUUCCAGUGCAGCAAUAUCACAGCUUCUUCCCACCACAAAGACAUGGCAAUAUUAUCUUUAGUCCAGCACUCGCUGCAGUUUGACCGCUUUGCUAUUAACUUUGCAAGUGAGCCAGUGAAGCAGUUUAAAAACCCAUCACAGAUUUAAUUUGCAAGACAGAGGGGAAUGGGAGUGCAGAUCUCUCAGCACAGCAGAGACUUCCAGAAUACCUGGUGAAGCUGAGAUUGUACCUGCUCUGGCACCUCUGCACUUACCCUUCCACCUCCUCACUGCUGCUGAAAUCUGAAUGGAUUAAGAGCCUCUCAGUUUGGUCUCUCCACAUUCCUGCUCCUCCCAACAAGAGAGCAUUAUUUUUGUACUGAAAUCAACAUACAUGGACUUUUAAAGCAUCAUUGUGCAGAGGCUGCUCUAUUUUCUAAUGAAGUCUUUGAGUUAUAUUUUAAUAAAGUGUUUUCAAACCUGU